GGGAUGCGCAGGAGCGGAAUGCAAUUUCGAUGGUUUCAUCAUCGUAGAUGUCCUUAUGUGCUGUACUCUCAGUCGACGUCUGACUUCCGUCGCAUGAUUUACAAUCGUCAGCUUCGCGUUUCGCCGAUGACCGGUGGCCGCAUAAGAGCGAUCAGUUCUUACUUCUUCAAAGAGAACCCAGCUUGCGUUCAUCGACUGGUUCCAUGGUUGAACCGAGAACUAAACGUGCUGUUAGACGGCCACGCGUCCCGAGUGCAGUUCCUCAUACGACUGAUCUGUCGUUUGGUGCAGCGCUACGAAAUCACAAGCAGCAUGUUCCGCAAGCGCAUUUUCAGCUACCUUCAGAUCUACACCGACCAUUUCAUCCAUGAGUUCUACAAUUUCACCCGUUCGCCAUAUGACAUGCAAGACUACGACCGCGUUGCUCACUACGACGGCAUCGGUGGCAGCGAAACGGACUUGCGUUUCGCCGCUGAUCGUGCCAGUCCUGAUGUGACGAUAUUAGGGCCGGUACAUUCACAACUGCCUGAUCUGACUGAGCUAGGUAUUAUAAUUUAUUUCGUACAUUUACUUGUGAAUUGCAGUGGAUUAGGAAGUUCAGAUGUCAUGAAUACUUGAGC